UUUUUAUGACGUCAUAAAAGAAAAAAAUAAAAGAGAUAAAAGAAGGAAACCAACCAUAGUACCCUUCAUCAUCUCCUCCCCUCCACUUCCACCCGCCGAUCACUUACCGUCAGCUCAGAUCUCUUCGCCGGCGACCUCACCCCCGAGCAGUAGCGUCGGCGACGGAAUCACACCACCAAUCCUCGCCCAUGAUCCACGUCCUCUUCCACCUUUUCUUGCUCUUCGUUCGACGACGGAGCUAGCCUGCAACAUAACAAGUUUCGUUGCAUCGUUUCUUCUCCGCUUGAGACUGGGUCCAUUGCAGCAGCGUUUUUUAAAUUUGGGGGUAAGCUUUCGAUUGGUUCAAAUCAGUUUACCCCUUUAGAGGUUCAGAAAUGGAAGUUCGUACGUUUUCGGACACCAACAAAAUAGGAUUGGAGGCUUUUUGAUUUCUAAGCAUGUUUUGGCACACUUUGUACUAGUUCUGACUCUACUAUUUGAUUCGUGGAAGGACUAAUUCGAAGUGAUCAAUUAAGGCUUUCAAAAAAUUGAUGUUUGUUCACGGAAGUUGAUCGUCGACUUGAGAAUUAUAGGAUUGUUGAUCGAGGCAUGGUUCACUCACCCAUGGGAAUAUGUUUAGUGUUUAUGAGACCAAUGUGUAAUGAUCAUUAAGAACUCCAUCUCAAAUCCUUUGAAAAUGGUUGUAUCCGGCGUUAUUCUUGAUCUGGACGGCACACUUCUACAUACAGAUGGCAUAGUAAAUGACGUUCUAAAGUCUUUUUUGGGCAAGUAUGGAAAGCAAUGGGAUGGAAGAGAAGCCCUAAGAGUUACUGGGAAGACACCAUACGAGUCUGCAGCUGUUAUUGUUGAAGAUUAUGGGCUUCCUUGCUCAUCAGCUGAAUUGAUGUCACAAAUUUCCCCUUUGUUUGCAGAGAGGUGGUGCAACAUCAAAGCAUUACCAGGAGCCAACCGGUUGAUAAAACAUUUCAGUAAUCACAGAGUGCCAAUUGCAUUAGCUUCAAACUCGAGUAGGGAAAACAUAGAGUCCAAAAUUUCUUUUCAUCCGGGCUGGAAAGACUCAUUCUCUGUGAUAAUUGGUAGCAAUGAAGUUACGGCGGCUAAACCAUCUCCUGAAAUAUUCCUUGAAUCAGCCAAAAGGUUAAAUCUAGAACCCUCGAGCUGCCUGGUAAUUGAGGAUUCCGUUCCAGGUGUUGCAGCUGGUAAGGCUGCCGGGAUGAAGGUGGUUGCUGUACCAUCCCUUCCAAAAAAGUCUCAUCUCUACUCUUCCGCGGAUGAAGUGAUCAAUUCACUGCUUGACUUUCAGCCUCAGAAGUGGGGCCUGCCUCCAUUUGAAGAUUGGGUAGAGAACACCUUACCAAUUAAUCCUUUGUACAUUGGAGGUCCCGUCGUUAAGGGAUAUGGGCGUGGCUCAAAAGUACUUGGGAUUCCUACAGCGAAUUUAUCUACAGAAGGAUAUUCAGAUGUCCUUUCAGAACAUCCAUCAGGUGUUUAUUUCGGUUGGGCUGGUUUAUCAACAAGAGGCAUCUUUAAAAUGGUCAUGAGUAUUGGUUGGAAUCCAUUUUUUGAUAAUGUUGAAAAGACUAUUGAACCAUGGCUACUACAUGACUUUGAUGGCGAUUUCUACGGUGAGGACUUGAGACUUGUUGUAGUCGGAUAUAUUCGGCCAGAGGCCAACUUUCCUAGCCUUGAGAGCCUAAUCGCUAAGAUUCACGAGGAUGGGAGAAUUGCAGAGAGAGCUCUUGAUCUUCCAUUGUACUCCAAGUAUAGGAACGAUCAAUACCUGAAGCAGCGUGAUGCUUAGAGAUGGCAUGUUUUUGGAGUUAAAAUUUAUGCACCAAAUUAACAAUUUUUUCCCAACUAUACAAUUCCAUACGGUUCUAUUGCAAUUUUUUUCGUGGCUUAUUGUUUGUUAUUAAUGUACUAAUGAUAUAACUUCAAGACCGACGGUACGUGCCUUAAUCGUCUGAGUUGUACUUGCAUUGGUGCAUUUUUACCUUUGUUGCACAUCACUAUUUGUUAAAGUGAACAUCGUUUAGAAAAUGAGAUAGACCAUACAAUAUGUAGGUCUUCAUAA